UUUGACGGAGGAAUGGAAGGCCAUAGGAGGCGGGGAAGAUUGGAUAACGAGUAGUAAGACUCGAAGAUUCGCGCGCGAGAGAUAAUAGUCGAUGCAUUCGUAUGCGAGUCGCAUUCCGUCUGAGCCGAUGCUCUACAGCUCUCAAACCUGCGCCGUGAAUAUCCAUGGAAGUCUCCGGAUUGUGGAAGCUAUUACUAACAUAGCUACGAAGAGAGCGCCUACGCUGCAAUUGGCAAUCUCUAAGUCUAAGGGCAGGGUAGGAGUCAUCACCAUGAGAGACAGAAGCAAGAAUCGUAAGCCCUUACAGAGAGGGAGGAACCUCAGCAUCGAAGCUAUUCAGACUGUGCAAGCAUUGAAACGAGCUAAGAAAGAUAUCAAUUCCCUGGAGCGAGAGAUGGAAUACAAGGUGAGGCGAUUGUUGAAAUUUGAUCUAAUGGCUGUUCUUCGGGAGCUACUGAGGCAGAACGAACCUCUUUUGGCACUUAAGGUUUUUCAAGAAGUUCAGAAGGAGUACUGGUAUAAGCCUCAGGUGCUGUUGUAUGCUGAUAUGAUUAAUGUGUUGGCAAGCAAUGGGAUGCUUGAAAUGGUUGAACGUCUUUUUUUGUAUCUCAAAAUGGAAAGUAGUUUAGACGCUGAUACUGAGGGAUUCACUGCUCUGUUGAAAACUUUGAUUGAGUUUGGCACUACCAGGCUUGUGAUGGAUUGUUUUCAUUUAAUGAAAGCAGUGGGGUGUGAACCAGAUAAGUCAACCUUUAGAAUUUUGAUCGAUGAGUUAGAGUUGAAGGGAGAAACAACUCUUUCUGCUAUUGUAAGGAAGGAAGCUGAGAAGCAUUUUGGUGGAUCUCUGGAGUUCCUGGAAGAGAAGCAAGACUUGACAUUGAGUUCUAAUUAAUUGUAGCAAUUGUCACAUUAUUAUCUCUGAGGAAGAGGAAAUCCCUGGAGCGUACUAUUACCUGGAGUAAAGGCCUCAUUACAAUAAAUACUGGCAUUGGUUGAAUGAUAAACCAUAUUUUCAAAGGCAUGGCACCUACAUCGGCAAAGGAUUGAAGCCGAAGUUUCCCAUAAUAUCUGUGAUCAUUUUUUGGCGAUGGAUUAAAGCACAAUAUACAGAUAAAUACUUAUUGGGUCAUAUUCCCUUGUGUACUGUUGGUUUUGUCUUUGUGAGAGCAACUACUCUGUUACGUGUUUCAGCUCAAUGAGACAGUAUUUCAUGGUUGUCUUUCAUUAUGGCAAGACUCUAGUUUUUCCCCUAAAUGCCAUCCAGUUGGCCACAUCUUAGAUUAGUCACUGCUUGCCUGAAAGUUUCUUUCACUUUCUUCCGUUCUGCUUGUAAAUGAUGAACAUAUUCCAAAACAAGCGAGAAAAUACUGAAAGCAGCAUCAGAUAUAGCAAAAUGAUCGCAGAGCAGGAGUCUAUGUGUUGUCUGUUGGCUUGACAUCAUGUUAAUUCAUCUGCCAGCCAUUUUUCAAUCCCAGGUGUUCAAUUUAUCAAAUUCUUAUUCUGGUAGAAAUUACAUAUGAUUAUAGUCCACUGUAAUUUACUGGAAGAUUCUGACAACCUGAUUAAUGUUAUCUCUA